CCGUGUUUUAGUUUUAUUGUUAUUAUUAUUAUUAUUAUUAUUAUCAUCACUCCCGUGACUGGGUUAACGCUUUCUGGUUCAAGCCCUUUUUUAGGUUUUCUCGCCAUUCAAAUACGUCGGGCGAGAGACAGAGAGAGAGAGAGAGGAGAGAGAGAGCUUUAACCCAAGAGAGAGGGAGGGGGAGAGCUGUCUUCAAGGGUUUGCAGAGGGAAGAAUCAGGGUUCGGAUGGAUGCUUUUUCUGUCUGCAGCUCUUUCUGAAGCGAUCUCCCCCGUAUGAAAUUCCAUGAAGGAAAUGACAGGAUCUUCGUGGCGGCAUGGUCCAGACGCACCCUCGUCCUCAUCGUCGCAGCCUCAGAUCCCUCCUCUCCAACCUGCCCUCAAUCGCAGUGAUAGAAAUCUCUUUCAUUUGUUAGUACGAAGAGAGAUUUCUCCCCGAACAAGGCACACCCCAAAGAGGUUAUGGGGUGAAGCUUUUAAAUUGAAUAGCGACUCUUUGUAUAGGUCCAAGAGUGAAGCAGCCAGAGACGCAAGACAUGGUCUUUUCUCAUGGGUAGAGGCAGAGUCGUUGCGACAUUUAUCAGCCAAGUAUUGUCCAUUGGUGCCUCCUCCAAGGUCAACUAUUGCUGCAGCAUUUAGUCCUGAUGGAAGAACACUUGCUUCUACACACGGUGAUCACACUGUAAAGAUAAUUGAUUGUCAUACUGGUAGCUGCUUAAAGGUGUUGAGUGGUCAUAGGAGGACACCUUGGGUGGUUAGGUUCCAUCCAUUGUAUCCAGAAAUACUUGCAAGUGGGAGCUUGGAUCAUGAAGUUCGCCUAUGGGAUGCGAAUACUUCAGAUUGCAUAGGAUCUCGUGAUUUCUAUCGUCCUAUUGCUUCCAUUGCUUUCCAUGCCAAAGGGGAACUCCUUGCUGUUGCUUCUGGUCACAAGCUAUACAUGUGGCACUACAAUGCCAGAGGAGAAGGUUCCUCACCCACCAUGGUAUUGAAGACAAAACGAUCACUCCGGGCUGUGCAUUUUCAUCCACAUGGUGCCCCUUUUCUAUUAACUGCUGAGGUCAAUGAUCUUGACUCUUCAGAUUCCUCAAUGACCCAGGCGACAUCUGUGGGUUACUUGCGUUAUCCUCCUCCUGCUGUAUUUAUGUCAAAUGUUCAUUCCAGAGACCCUCUUACCUUGGCUGCUGAACUGCCUUUCAUGUCUUUUCCGUUCUUGUUUUUGCCUUCAAAUGCAAGAGAUGAUUCAAGAACUGAUUUGCAGAAUGAUAAUAGGCUUGUUGGUUCAAGCAGCAUACAAGUGGAAUCUUCAUCAGUGCAGUUUCAAACGCGUGCUAAUACAGUGCAGCAGAAUGAUGAUAUGGCAUGUCCUAUGGAGACCUCUCCUGUAAUACCUUCUGGUUCAUAUCAUGGUACAGAAGAUGCUGUUAAUAAUUAUUUUCCUAAUGGAUUGCAAAAUGGUGUUGGAGAUCCUACAUGUGAUGCUAUGGAGACCACAGAAGUGCAAUCUCUUGAGAGUUAUAUCCUAAGAAGCACUACUAAUCUAGAUGCUUUUGCUGGUGCCAAUAGCUCGCAGCUUGGAGCACCUGGUCAAAUUUCUGGUCAGCAGGACUCUGUUCCAUAUGGACAAAUUAAUCAAUUCUUGCCUUGUCGAGAUCCAUCAUGUUGGGAGCUACCUUUCCUGCAAGGAUGGUUAAUGGGUCAAAGCCAAGCUGGAAUACCUGCAAUGCUUCCUUCUAAUGGCAGUGCUAACGAAUAUUUAUCUCGAUAUUCUGGAUUAAAUUCUACCCCCUGGACAGAUUUGUCAGCUCGUAAUGUGGAGGCUUCAACAGCUUCUUUAGCCAUGCCAGGUGGGAUCUGUCCAUCAGGGAUUUCUGGAAGAUCAAGUUUGCGAAAUCGUUUGCGGCGCAUCCGUUUGGUUUCGAUAUCAGAUUCUAGGGAGGGCGCUGCUUCUAUGAAUGGUAUUCAUGAUGGGAGCAAUACUCAGCCCAUUCUUAAUAGAAUUCAAACUGAACUAGCCACGUCACUUGCUGCUGCAGCAGCUGCAGAAUUACCUUGCACUGUGAAGCUAAGGAUAUGGCCUCAUGAUAUAAAAAAUCCUUGUGCCAUUCUCGAUGUUGAAAAAUGCCGCUUAACCAUACCACAUGCUGUCCUCUGUAGUGAGAUGGGUGCCCAUUUUUCACCAUGUGGGAGAUAUUUAGCUGCCUGUGUUGCAUGCAUGCUUCCUCAUUCAGAAGUUGAACCUGGAUUACAGAUGCAAAUCCAUCAUGAAUCCACAGGGUCUGCAACAUCUCCAACUCGACAUCCAAUCACAGCACACCAAGUUGUGUACGAGCUUCGAAUAUAUUCCCUUGAAGAAGCAACAUUUGGUUCAGUGCUUGUAUCCCGGGCAAUUAGGGCUGCUCAUUGUUUGACUUCGAUUCAGUUCUCACCCACAUCUGAGCAUAUAUUACUGGCCUAUGGUCGGCGGCAUAGUUCUUUGCUUAAAAGCGUUGUUGUUGAUGGGGAAACAACAAUACCUAUUUAUACUAUCUUGGAGAUUUACAGAGUUUCAGAUAUGGAACUUGUGGGAGUUCUUCCUAGUGCUGAAGAUGAGGUUAAUGUUGCUUGCUUUCAUCCAUUGGCUGGAGGUGGUCUAGUGUAUGGUACCAAGGAAGGAAAGCUCAGGGUUCUCCAGUAUGACAGCAGUCAUGGCAUGAAUUGUGCAGGAGCAAAUUUUGUUCUUCAGGAAAACAUGGUUGAGCUACAGGCAUAUGCUUUAGAAUGCUAGAAACGAGUGAGUGAACCAUUGAAUUUGGCUACAAUUCAACUUGGAUGGAGAUUGUGUCAGUCCGGUUUACAGCAGAACUUAGCUGAAUGUUUUAGUUCAGAUAUCGGAGUCUCAUCUCUUGGGGGAAGGUACCAAACUACAACAAAUAUUAACGUGCCAAACUGUACAAUAUGAUGUCCCUGUAAUAUUCAAAGGCAUGUGUUUUCCUCUCUUUUUCACACUUUUUUUUUUUCCCCUUUUCUUUUCUGUCACCCUUUUCCCCUUUUGUUGUUUAUUAGUUAGGGGGAAAAAUGUCAGCGUCUCCCGUAUAGCUGGGGUGGCUUGGGGGGCGGUGUUCUUUGGAUGGAACUGGCUAACAGAUAGGCUGAUGUAAUUUUUAAAAUGGACAAUUUCAUUGGCCUGUAACAAGCAGCAGCCAGCGGCCUUUGCCUUC